AUGAGCAAUAACUUCCCAUACAACGGCAUUCUCCCAUUUACAUACCAAGCAUCUGAGAUUCUCUUCGCGGACUGGAUAAAUCUAUUCACACUCUGUCUCGCCCCCCUCAUUGUUCACAUAGUUGCCGGAGUUCCAUCGCCCGUCUAUCUCUCUAGCCCACGACCUCGUUGGCACGAGCGGCUCGGCCACUAUAAUCCUACUUCGAUACUAUGGCGUUACUUCUCCAUCAUCGAUCGACGAGCACGAUCGCGUGCAUGGAAUUCUGCAGAUAUGGCAGCUAGUAAUGCACAUUUCUGGACUUCAAGUGGUUGGGAUGGCUCGGAAAAUAUGAUGCGGAAAAGUCGACGCUUUUGUUCUCGCAUUCCUAGUUCUCCGCAUGCGGUUUGGGUUUCGAAGACCUCAGCUGAAACAGUAGCGACUGUAUUGCAAGGGCUGCAAGCUAUUUGGCAAUUAGUCGGAGGAUUGAGCGGGGGUGGCUAUUCUAACACUAUCUCAUUGGGAACGGUUUUUGCACCCCUAGCUAUAUGCGGAUUAAUAAGACUACCAGCGGCAGUCUGGAUAUCUGAUGAUUAUUCGUACGUGGAUGUGGAUGUCGGUGGCGAUAGUGAUCGAGAAACGAAAAUUUGCGACGGAUACAGCCUGGCUAGCACACUAAAACGGCGCAAAUCACCCACAAGUCGAACGCUUCUCAGCUUGGGACUUCUCGAACCAUUCCCAGUCCACUCGCUUGAUCUCCACUCUCCCCGCAGCUGGCGUGGUAUAAUUGUACGGAUCCUCUGUCUGCUUCCGUUACUUGCUCUACUGGCCCUAGCGCUCCUAUAUCUAGUACCUUAUAACACUUCAUCUUACCCUCUGAAUAUCUUCUUCACACUUACUCAAUUCCUCGUCGUCAUAUUCUUCACCAUCUUCCUCGUCUGUUCAAUCCCCAUCUAUACAUUCUAUUUUCUGACCAAUAAUUCCACCACCACUAUCAUCCCAUGUAUAACAAGUCUCUGGUACAAAAUCUACACAGCCCUUUUAUUCGCCUGCAUGCUCGUCCUCGUCUGUGUUGCGGGCCUUGAAACUCGAGCGACCCCGUGCGGUCUCUAUACUACUACACCGCCGGGUUUCUUUGAUAUGGUGGUUUGUGGAGGUCUUAGUGUAGCUCGGAAUGGGGCUGUGGAGGGGAUACCGUCUGGACUGCCGUUUGGAGUUGCCUGGAGGAAUAGUACGAGUGAGGAGGUGGAGGGUGGAGUGUUUUAUGUGGGGGAAUUUGAUGGGUGGUGUAAGAUUGGGAUGAAGGGUGAUACAGUUGAAGCCUUUAUGCCUGUUAAUUUGUCGACGUUUGGUGGGUGA